UUAAAAUAAUAAUAAUAAUAAUGAUGAGUUAUUUUCACAUAUCACAAUUGCAACUCCACGCGUCCAAUGGCGUGUGGGGAAACAACUCCAGCUCUUCACCCAGUAGGAUUUAUAGCACACUGCCCACAGACAAACACCAACACCACCAGCCCACCACUCUCUCUCUCUCUCUCUCUCUCUCUCCUCAUGACCCGAUAUCUCUUUCUCUCCCUCCUCCUCUGCCACCUUCUUUGUGCCGCCGGCACAGGCGGCAGGUGGACUCUCCUCCACCAGAGCAUCGGCAUUACCUCCAUGCACAUGCAGCUCCUCUACAACGAUCGCGUGGUCAUGUACGACCGCACCGACUUCGGCAUCUCCAACAUCUCUCUGCCCGGCGGCAAAUGCCGCCAUGACCCCUACGAAGCGGUCGUCAAGGUCGACUGCUCCGCCCACUCCGUCGAGUACGACGUCCCCACCAACACCUUCCGGCCCCUCAUGGUCCAGACGGACGUAUGGUGCUCCUCAGGCGCCCUCGCCCCCGACGGCAGCCUCGUCCAGGCCGGCGGCUUCAACGACGGCGAACGCGUCGUCAGGAUCUUCCAGCCCUGCAAUGACAGCCGUUGCGACUGGCGCGAAAUCCCCGAUGGCCUCGCCGUGAGAAGGUGGUACGCCACCAGCCAAGCUUUGCCGAACGGCACCCAGAUCAUCUUCGGCGGCCGCCGCCAAUUCAACUACGAGUUUUACCCCAAAGCGGCGUCGACGAUCAACGCGUACAGCCUGAGGUUUCUGGUGGAGACUUUCGAGAAAAAGGCAGAAAAUAAUCUCUACCCAUUUGUGUUCCUCAAUGUGGACGGAAAUCUCUUCAUUUUCGCAAACAAUCGGGCCAUUCUGUUCAAUUACAAAAACGGCACCGUCGUGAGGACGUACCCAAUAAUGCCCGGAGGCGACCCGCGGAGCUACCCGAGUACGGGGUCGUCGGCUCUCCUCCCGCUGAAGCUCGUAAAAGGGGGCGGAGCCACCACCGAAGCUGAGGUUCUAAUCUGCGGCGGGGCUCCGAAGGGCGCCUACUUCCAGGCCCAAAAUGGUACUUUCGCACCAGCACUCAACACGUGCGGGAGAAUCAAGAUCACCGACCCAUCACCGAAAUGGGUCAUGGAAACCAUGCCUAUGGCCCGGGUCAUGGGCGACAUGAUCCUUCUCCCCAACGGCGACGUUUUGAUCAUUAAUGGCGCGGCGGCAGGCACCGCCGGGUGGGAAUUCGGCCGCGACCCGGUUCUGAAGCCGGUCAUUUACCGACCCGAUAUCGUCCACGGGUCUCGAUUCGAGGUCCAGAACCCGAGUUGCAUUCCCCGGAUGUACCACUCCUCGGCAGUUCUGGUUCGCGACGGGCGGGUCCUCGUCGGGGGAAGCAACCCUCAUAUUUAUUAUAAUUUCACGGGCGUGCUUUAUCCCACGGAUCUGAGCCUAGAGGCCUUCUCUCCUCCAUAUUUGGAUGCCGGACUUUCGGGUCUGCGCCCGAGAAUAGUUUCGCCCGUUUCUCAGGCCAUAAUCGAGUACGGGCGACCGCUGUCAAUCCAGUUCUGUAUUUCGGGCGGAUUGUCUCAAAAUGGGGUGUCCGUCACGAUGAUUGCGCCGUCCUUUACCACGCACUCGUUUGCCAUGAAUCAGAGGCUGCUGGUGCUCGGAGGGGGGAAGGCGAGGAGCAUGGGGAAUUCGACUUUCAAGGUGCGAGUCGUGACGCCGGGUUCGGGCGAUCUAGCUCCGUCGGGUUAUUAUAUGGUAUACGUGGUCCACCAAGGCGUCCCUAGCGAGGGCAUUUGGGUCCAUAUUCGGUGACAAGGCUGAAGAACAUAUCAUUUAUUUAUUAAUUUGUUUGUUUGUUUCUUGGGAAAGUUUUACACAAUCCGCACGCUGCUCAACUCAGUCGAACAAAAGUUGACUGGGUCUUUCUCUUUUUUUUUCUAGCUAUACAAACACAUUGGAUGAUUAUACGUAUGCAUACAUAUGCGUGUGAAGUAAUCAGGAUGUUCAAUUUAUAGUGAUACAGCUAUUCUUUUUAAUUAUCCUUAACACGAUUGGUGAAAUAGAACUUUUCUUUUCAAUAAUCCUUUUCAUUGAUUG